AUGCAGUUCCUCGCGAUCAUGGUUUUGAUGGGUGGCUGCUCAAAAAAGCGAGCAGCUAGCUCUGAAGCUACAGCAGAAAUUCGAAUGAAGAAAGAAAAAGUGAAAGCGAAAGUCAGUAAGAAGCCGUUACGUCCUCUUCGAUCCGUUGGAGAGGCGAAAGAAACGGGCAGAGUGACGAAAGAAAAGCUUAGAGAUCUCGGGGAUGAGCCAAGCCUUUCAAGGUCCAAAGUCAUAGGCUCAUCUGAUCAGGACAGCGAGAAAGAAAGACUGCCAUCACCAUUUUCUUCGAAGGAAAAGUCUGUUAAACGAGCAAAACAACGAGAUAUUGAAGUAGAGCGAACACCUCCUUCGAGUAGUACUACUCCACUACAAGAAGAACGAACGCAGACUCCGUACGAACCGGUGAAGGUCGAGAGUGCUUCUCAUUCUCAUUCGUUGGGUGUAGAUACUCCUCUCUCAUCCACCACAGAUAAUUAUACAAGCCCAAAUACACCCACUCAGUCAGCCACACGGUCAGAGAUUGAUGUUGUGCUACCACUAGAACAACCACGGAGCGGAAAGGAGGAUUCUGCUGCUGUAACCAAUUAG